CGCCCAGCCCCGGCCAGGGAAGAGGUGGAGGGGCCCGGCUCCCCCACCCGCCCCGUCCAUGGGAGAGGCGGAGUCUGGGCUGGCAGCGCGCAGGCAGCGGGGGUCCUUGGCAGCAACUUCGGGGCUGAGUCUGCAGCGGCGGGGCAGGACGGAGGAAACUCCCAGGCGGCCGGCGGCGGCGGCGGCAGCAGCAGCAGCAGCAGCAUCCUCCUCCUGCGAAGUUCUAUCAUCUGUGAUGGCGUCAGCUUUACCCAGAACCCUUGGGGAGUUGCAACUCUAUCGAAUAUUACAAAAAGCAAAUCUCUUAUUCUACUUUGAUGCCUUCAUUCAGCAGGGAGGUGAUGAUGUACAGCAGCUAUGUGAAGCAGGCGAAGAGGAGUUCUUGGAGAUAAUGGCUCUUGUAGGCAUGGCUAGCAAGCCUCUUCAUGUCCGAAGACUGCAAAAGGCUUUGAGGGACUGGGUCACAAAUCCUGGUCUUUUUAAUCAGCCUCUCACUUCCUUACCAGUCAGUAGCAUUCCAAUCUAUAAAUUACCAGAAGGGUCCCCUGCUUGGCUGGGAAUAUCCUGCCCUAGUUAUGAAAGGAAUAGUAAUACCAGGGAGCCUCACUUGAAGAUUCCAAAAUGUGUUGCCACCACAUGCGUGCAAAGUGUGGGUGCGGGCAAAUCUGAUGUGGUAGGAAACUUACCGCUGCAGAGUGGCAAUGAACCAAGACUCUGGCAAGGUCACCACACUACAGAGAGCGAACACAGCCUUUCCCCUGCUGACCUCGGCUCUCCAGCUUCACCAAAGGAAAACACUGAGACCCUAGAUGCUGCGGCUGCUCUGUCAGUUGCCGAAUGCGUGGAACGUAUGGUUCCCUCCCUGCCCAAAAGUGACUUGAAUGAAGUAAAGGAGUUACUGAAAACAAACAAGAAGCUGGCAAAGAUGAUUGGUCACAUUUUUGAGAUGAACGACGAGGACCCUCGCAAAGAGGAGGAGAUUAGGAAAUACAGUGCAAUAUAUGGCAGAUUUGACUCGAAAAGAAAGGAUGGCAAACAUCUCACGCUCCACGAGCUAACAGUUAAUGAAGCAGCCGCUCAGCUGUGUGUAAAAGAUAAUGCAUUGUUAACCAGGAGAGAUGAACUCUUUGCGCUGGCUCGGCAGAUCUCUCGAGAAGUUACAUACAAGUACACUUACAGGACCACCAAAUCUAAAUGUGGAGAUAGAGAUGAACUGUCACCGAAGAGAAUUAAGCUAGAGGAUGGUUUUCCUGAUUUCCAGGACACAGUCCAGACACUUUAUCAACAAGAGAAAGUACCACUUGCCUUGGCCAAAGGCAAAAGUGAAGAUUUGGCAGCUCUUAAUUCCCAGUCUGAAAAGGUGAUGGCAAAACAGAUGGAGUUUCUUUGUAACCAAGCAGGGUUAGAGAGACUGCAACACUCAGAGAGACGCCUUUCCACAGGGUACUACAGACAAAGCUCAGAAGAGCACAGCCCCAAUGGCAUGACGUUUGAUAAUGCGGAUGGACAAGGUGAGAGGCCCCUGAAUCUCCGAAUGUCAAACCUGCAAAAUAGACAGUUGCAACACAUUUCGCUAGAUGGAGAGCAGCACGUAGGAAAACCUCUGUGCAGUGACCUGAUCCGACUUUACUCCAGUGGUGACGCAAAGUCUCAGCCCUCAGAAGGCCUUGGUAUUUUAAAAGACUUUCCUCAUUCAGCUUUUAACAACAUAGAAAGGAAGGUCAUAAAAACAGAACCUGAAGAUACAAGAUAGUCAUCCUACUCUGGAAAAUUGCAUCAGAAUAAAGAAUAAAUCUUUAGAAGAAAAACAAAUAAGCCUUAAUAACCAGUGUUGCCUCAUUCAAAUAAGAGAUUUCAUAGCCAAAGCCUAAGAACUGGUACAGUAGUCUGUGGAGACUGAAAAACAAGAGACACUGCAAUCUAAAACAGUAAUACAGGUGGAUACACAUUCCUGUAAUGUGGUUUUAUAAUGUGGAAAGGUUCACAAAUUAAUAUUGUGAGCCUCCUUUAUUUAAGAAUGUAUUAUGUAUUUGUAUAACUUAUCAAAGUAAAUCUAGAUGUUGGGACACGUAUUGAGUCCAGUAGAUGUGGCUACAGUUCAUUUUACUUGAAAUUUCAGUGUCUACUUUAAAUGUAUCUAGCAUAGAUAUGAUUGUUAUACAUUUGAGUUAAAAAUCCUUGGAGAAAGUGUAAGAAAAACCUAGAGUGAUACAACUAACAGCAAGUUUGCAAUGGUAUUUGUAGGAAAAAAAUAGCAAAUACAUAAAAUAUUUAAUGGUUUAAAAUGUUACGUGGAUAUAGCAUUUGAUAAACCUGAUCCUGUAUUAUAGCAGACACAUUUGACACUUAUUAAUGUUAUUUUAAUGGUUUCAGCAGCCUAUAUGUAAUACAUUUACAGUAUAUACCUAUCCACUACAUGGAAAUGGUGAAUAGGAAAAUAUCAGCCAGAAUAUGGGAGCAUCCUACUUAUUGGCUCCAAUUUCAUCAGACAGAACAAUCAUUUCAGAUACUGUGUAGCUAAACCAGGGCUCGUAUGCUCUCAUUUGGGAGGGAACUCAGAACACUAGACAUUAUGGACAGGAUGGAAAAAGUUGUGCUUCAGACACUUAGAACAUUUUGGAAUUCUCUGUGGAUGUUAAAGACAAAAUGAAUCAUAAGUGUGGCAAAGAUGGAAAAUGCAGGAUUCAUGCAUCAGUAUUGAAAAGGUUAUAUUCAAUAUCCAGGAACAAUAAAACAACAGAGAAGAGGGGGAAGGGGAUACAUUACUGGUAAAUGACCCAUUACGAGGUGCUUCCCAACCCACAUGAUUCUCUGAGUAUACCAUAUACUGCAUACAGUAUGCCAAUAUGUUCCCUUGUGUAUGUUAGUUAACAUCUGUAUUCGUUAUUUAUUUGACUAUUUUUUGUAUGUUUUUCAUUUUCGCAGAUGCCAUUUUGUCUAAAAACAAGGAAUUAGCUUAUAACUUAGGGAAUUUGGUAUUUAAUGUGGUGUGUGGGUGUGUGUGUGUAUACAUCCAUAAUGUCAGUGUAACUCCUAUUGUAUAGUUGCAUCUCUGCAGUCAAAAUAGCUAUACACCUUAGUUUUGAAUAUAAUUUUUACCCACAGUGCUCUCUGAGGCGGGGAAGUGAGUCAACAAGUAAUGGAUAAGCUUCCACAGUGAGGUGUGCACUUCAUCUGCAGUUUUGCUGUGUCCUAGAUAUGUAAUGAUUAUUCAAUCAUAAUGUAUGUCGUACUGAAAUUGUCAACAAAAUGUGAGCUGGAAUGUCUACACUGCAGUCUCUGAUCACUGUAAACCUGUUUAAUUAUUUUAUCACUUUUGAUUUGUGGAACAAAGCUUUAUGGUAGAAACACCAGUAAACACCUUUUUAUACUAUUAAAACGUUUGUUUUUAUUUUAAAUGUUUCUUGAAUUGUAUUGUACUGUCUCACUCCAGAAGAAACUUACUUUGAAUGGAAUUUGCAACUUCAUUGCUAGAAAUAAGCAGUUGAAUGUAUUGUUAUAUUUGCUCCUUUAUGUUGUGAGAGAUAAUAGAAUGGGUAGUAAGUAUAUUUCUUCAGUUUGUAAUGUCAGUCAUAGCACUGGUUUGUAUCUGGGUAGUUCUGUGUACAGUAUUACAGUUUGGAAGCUUGUAAAGGCUUGAAUUGUACAAGUUUAGUAAUAGAAUUUAACAAGCAAGUUUUUAAAGAAGCAGGAAACUUCCUUCUGAUUUGUGUUUUUUUUUUUUUGUUGUUUUUUGUUUUUGGUUUGGUCAACAUCUAGCAUGCCCAAAAUCUGUGCUGGACCACACAAAGUUCUUAAAUAUAUUAAGAGUUUACUGGUCUGGUUUACCGUGGGGGAGGGGAA